CCAGCGUUCCCCGCGCCGCCGCCGCUUCCUCCUCCCCGUGCCGGCGCUCUCCUCGCUCUGCGCAGGCCGCGCCGCUCGCCGCAGCCCGGCCUGGGCCCCGCCGCGCUCUCCCUCCUCUCACGGCUUCCUCGCGAUGUCAGGCGCCGACUCGGCGGCCGCGGCGGCCACGGCGUCGCCGCAGCCGUUGCCGUUCUCGCUGCCGAAGCCCCCCCCGCUGAUGCAGCUGACGCCGGGGGACGCGGUGCGCCCCGCCUCGGCCGCCGCCGCCGACCAAUCCGCCAAGAGCAACCGCUUGGCUGGCCGCCCCGACUGGCCGGCGGGGAAGCCCGUCAGCCUGCUGGCUCCUCUGCUCCCGCCCCGAGGCGAACCCGAACCGCUCCUGCCCUUCGGCCCCGCCGCACGCCAGCCGCUCCGGGGCCGCCUGCUCGGGCGCUGCGGCGCGGGCAGCCUGCUCAGCCCCGCUAUGCGGCCCGCGGGCGUCGACAGGGGCUCCCUCAUGAUGGGACACCCAGGCAUGCCGCAUUAUCCUCCCAUGGGAAUGCACCCUAUGGGUCAGCGACCACCAAACAUGCCGCCUGUCCCGCAUGGGAUGAUGCCUCAGAUGAUGCCCCCCAUGGGAGGACCACCAAUGGGGCAGAUGCCGGGAAUGAUGCAGUCGGUAAUGCCUGGGAUGAUGAUGUCUCACAUGUCUCAAGCUGCUAUGCAGCCCACAGUCCCACCAGGAGUGAACAGCAUGGAUGCACAAGUGGGUGUGACUCCUCCUGGAACCCAGCGCUCUGUUUUAUUUCGCCCUCAGACAACACAUCCCGUCGUUUGUGCGGCUCAGCAAACUGCCACCACCACCAGCUCUGUUACUGAGGACCACUCGAAACAGAAAUCCACAUGGACAGAGCACAAAUCACCAGAUGGAAGAACAUAUUAUUAUAACACUGAGACAAAGCAGUCUACGUGGGAGAAGCCAGAUGAUCUCAAAACGCCGGCUGAGCAACUGUUGUCUAAAUGUCCCUGGAAAGAGUAUAAAUCUGAUUCAGGAAAGCCCUACUAUUAUAAUUCCCAAACAAAGGAAUCACGCUGGGCAAAACCCAAAGAGCUUGAGGAUCUUGAAGCAAUGAUUAAAGCUGAAGAAAAUAGCACAAAGCCCGAAGACUCAACUCCAGCAACAUCUACUCCAGCUGCUGCAGCGGAAGCGGCAAAUGCGACCACCGCAGCUGCUGCAGAAUCUGCCACAGCCAUCACCACCACCACUGCUGCUUCUGCAGCGACCGCAGCCCCCGAAGCAGAAUCUGCAGCAGCUGCUUCUACAGGAGAGAAUGAGAGCGCUGGCACGGCUGCAGCUGAGGAACAAGGACAAGCUACUUCUGCGUCUGGUGCGCAAGAGCAGAGCGGAGAAACCGCAGCCAGCGCAGCCGACGACUCUUCCAAGCAGGAGGCUUCAGCAGACUCUGCUUCAAAGAAAGAGGACGAUGAUGCUCAACCGGUUAAAAAAACUUAUACGUGGAAUACAAAGGAAGAAGCAAAGCAAGCAUUUAAGGAACUGUUAAAAGAAAAGCGAGUACCAUCCAAUGCUUCUUGGGAGCAAGCUAUGAAAAUGAUCAUUAAUGAUCCUCGAUACAGCGCUUUGGCAAAAUUAAGUGAAAAGAAGCAAGCCUUUAACGCUUACAAAGUUCAAACAGAAAAGGAAGAGAAAGAAGAAGCAAGAUCAAAAUACAAAGAAGCUAAAGAAUCCUUCCAGCGUUUUCUUGAAAACCAUGAAAAGAUGACAUCCACAACAAGAUACAAAAAAGCCGAACAAAUGUUUGGGGAGAUGGAAGUCUGGAAUGCGAUAUCGGAGCGUGAUCGUCUUGAAAUUUAUGAAGAUGUCUUGUUCUUUCUGUCUAAGAAAGAAAAGGAACAAGCCAAGCAGUUGCGCAAGAGGAAUUGGGAAGCUUUGAAGAACAUUCUAGACAACAUGGCUAAUGUCACUUACUGUACCACGUGGUCGGAGGCGCAGCAGUAUCUGAUGGACAACCCUACAUUUGCAGAAGAUGAGGAACUCCAGAACAUGGAUAAGGAGGAUGCUCUGAUCUGUUUCGAAGAGCACAUCAGGGCAUUGGAAAAAGAGGAGGAAGAAGAAAAACAGAAAAGCUUGCUCAGAGAAAGAAGGCGGCAGCGUAAAAAUAGAGAAUCUUUUCAGCUGUUUUUAGACGAGCUGCACGAACACGGACAGUUACAUUCGAUGUCCUCUUGGAUGGAGCUGUACCCAACCAUAAGCUCUGACAUCAGAUUCACUAACAUGCUCGGUCAACCUGUUCUUUCAUCAGGAUCAACAGCACUUGAUCUUUUCAAGUUCUAUGUUGAAGACUUGAAGGCACGUUACCAUGACGAAAAGAAGAUCAUAAAGGAUAUUUUGAAGGACAAAGGAUUUGUGGUUGAAGUGAACACUUCUUUUGAAGAUUUUGUUACGGUCAUCAGCUCAACUAAAAGAGCUACCACUUUAGAUGCAGGCAACAUCAAGCUGGCUUUCAAUAGUCUGCUAGAGAAGGCAGAAGCCCGUGAAAGAGAGAGGGAAAAAGAAGAAGCUCGCAAAAUGAAGCGGAAAGAGUCUGCCUUCAAGAGUAUGUUGAAGCAGGCUACUCCUCCGAUUGAACUGGAUGCUGUCUGGGAGGAUAUCAGAGAUAGGUUUGUGAAGGAACCGGCGUUUGAAGACAUCACUCUGGAGUCUGAGAGAAAAAGAAUAUUUAAAGACUUCAUGCAUGUCCUUGAGCAUGAGUGUCAGCAUCAUCAUUCAAAGAACAAGAAACACUCUAAGAAGUCAAAAAAGCACCACAGGAAGCGAUCACGUUCUCGUUCGGGCUCAGAGUCUGAGGAUGAUGAUAGCCAUUCCAAGAAGAAAAGGCAGCGUUCGGAAUCCAGAUCGGUUUCUGAGCGUUCUUCCAGUGCAGAAUCUGAGAGAAGUUACAAGAAGUCAAAAAAACACAAGAAAAAGAGCAAGAAGAGAAGACACAAGUCUGAUUCACCGGAAUCGGAUGCUGAACGUGAAAAAGACAAAAAAGAAAGAGAGCGAGAUAGUGAAAAGGAUAGAGCUAGACAAAGAUCCGAGUCGAAACAUAAAUCUCCUACUAAAAAACGACUUGGAAAAGACUCUGGGAACUGGGACACCUCUGGCAGCGAGCUGAGCGAAGGGGAGCUGGAGAAACAGAGGAGGACUCUUUUGGAACAACUGGAUGAAGAUCAAUGAGAACAUUAUUUAUACCAAAUAUGUUUACAUUGUGGCAUAAUAAAAGAAACCAAUGUCUUGUUGAGGACGUGGGUUCCAAACUGCUGAGUUCCAUUGUCGAAGUAACGGUGGGUUUUAGUUUUAUGGCAUCAAUACUUUUUGUCACGGGCCUGGCAUCAAAUCUAGAAGUGACUGAGACUCCUGAGCCUGUCCGGGGCAGGAUGGGCGCUCCACUUCCCAUGGAGGGCGCACCACCAGGGACGGCUGCGCUGCUCGCCGGAUCUCUGCCGGCCCAGGGAGGUGUUGGCACCUUUCUAGCAACGCAUCCCAUGAGUGGGGUCCUUCCUGGAGAGGUGGCAACACGGGGUGGGCAGGCAGACUUCAUUUUUAGAGAGAGAAAGACUCUUUAAUAUAGUUUCUUAUGCUUUAAUUCGCUUUAUGAAUUGGUUUUUGUUCUAAGAAAGGGGCAGGGGAGGAAGGAAUCCAUUUUUUGGUCUGUACCGCACAAAAUAGCGACUGUUGGAAUUGCUCUUUGUGAACGGUGUCACAGCUGAGCUGCUGUGCCAAGCAGAAGCUGUGGCUUCCUGGCUGAGCGCUGGGGCUGUGCCCUCUCGGAAGGAAUUGGUACAGAAAUUGUUGAACCGCUGGAGCUGUGGAUGAUGGGAAUGGAGGGUGCUGCCUGUCACAGCUGCUUCCCUGUUCCCAUAAAACCCAACUGGAACAGCUCUGGGCAGUAUUUCGGUGUUUCUCUUCAUGUUAAGAACACUUAGAAAUAAAAAACGAAUUGUAAAUGGAUUCCACGAUGUUGCCUUAAGCCCCUGCUGAAGGAGGUACCUCCACCUUCCGUGAGCAGCCGCGGGGCCGUGGCUCAAGCGUCGCUGUUCUCCCACCCCUGACCGGGGGAGAAGGCAGCAGCUUCAGCCCCGUCUCCCCUCCGCGCUCCCCCCGGCCCAGCUCAGGAGGCUGUACCUGCUCUGGCUGCUGCGCCCCGUGCUUGGAAUCCUCCUCGCGGAAUAUUUUUGUACAUUUUUAUCAAUGAUUAAACCUGGUCUUCUAGUGCG